UCCGGGGCCGCCGCGGGGACUCCGAUCGCUCUCCUCAGGCGGGGAUGGCGGCGGAGGACGAGGCGGAGCUGAGCCUACUGGAGUGCCGGGUGUGCUUCGAGCCGUACGGCCCCGACGGGCAGCGGCGGCCGCUCAACCUGCCCUGCGGGCACGUCCUCUGCCGGGGCUGCGUGGGGGCCCUGGCCGGCGCCGAGCGCCAGAGGCUGGAGUGUCCCUUCUGCCGGCGGCUCUGCGGGCCCGCCGAGACCAGCGACUGCCGCCCGCUGCUGCAGCUGCUGGAGCUCCUGGGCCCCGCCGGCGGCGGCCUCGGCUCGGCCCUGGGCAGAAGCGGCGGAGGGCCGGCGGCGGCCCCCGCGGGGCUCGGGCUGCGGCUGUGCCUGGGGGGCUGGGGGUCGCUGGUGAAUCCCACCGGGGUGGCGGCCUGCCCCUGGUCGGACCGCCUGGCAGUGGCACACGACGGCAAGAAGAGGAUCCACGUCUUCGGGCCGAGCGGGUUCUGCCUGCGGCGGUUCGGGGAGCGGGGGGAUGCGAACAACGACAUCAAGUAUCCGCUCGAUGUGACCGUCACGUCGGACGGACACGUGGUGGUCACCGACGGCGGGGACUGCUCCGUGAAGGCCUUCGAUUCGGAGGGAAGGGGGGUCCUGGCCGUCCGGGAAGGCUUCUGUUUGCCCUGGGGCUUGGAUGCCACCGCCAAGAGCGAAGUAAUCCUGACCGACUCGGAGGCCGGCGCGCUCUACCGCUUGGCGGCCGACUUCCCUAGGGGGGAAUUAAAGAAGUGUCAGAUGAUCCGGUCCCGGCUUGUCAGCCCCAGAGCGGUUGCUGUCUGCCAGACCUCGGGGGCUGUCGUGGUAGUAGAGCACCUGAAAGCUCGAGGAGCGAGCAAGGGCAGCACCCGAGUGACGAUACUCAGUGCGGAGAUGGAUCUCAUCGGCCAGAUGGACAGCUUCGGUUUGAACCUUGUUUUCCCCUCCAGAAUAUAUGCUACUGCUGUGGCCUUUGACAAAGAAGGUCGUGUUAUAGUAACGGAUGUUUGUAGCCAGGCUGUCAUAUGCUUAGGGAAACCUGAGGAAUUUCCCAGCUUUAAUCCUCUAAUUAGCCACGGGCUUUCUUAUCCUGUCGGACUGACUUACACGGCAAACAAUUCCCUCGUCGUUUUAGACAGCGGUGAUCAUUCAGUGAAAGUAUAUAGCUCUACCUGAGUGGGCUUAGAUGCUUCCUGCUGCAGGCUCAAACUGCUUCUGGCCAUAAAGCAUGCGGAGUUCUGGAGUUUGUAGGAGUGGAGAGAGGAGGUGGUUGUGAGGCUUUGAGUAAAAUCCCCCCCACCCCCGAGCAAUACGCCUUGCUUCCUGCAAAACUUGUAUCGCGUCUCUUGCCUACCUGUGGGAGAGGACCUGGCUGUUGCUGCCUGUAGCCAACAACAAAUCAACAAAACAAAUCACUUAGCAUUUUAAAACUAUCCCAUGCCUUGACAACCAAAUGGUUUUGGUUUUUUUGGUUUGUUUUUUUUUUUUUGACACGUAAUCAAAGACCAGCACGUGUGAAAGUAUAUGCAUCAUUUAUUUGCAUUUCCCAGCACAUAGUUAUCACUAUGCUUAAUUAAGUAUAGAUACACUCCUGACAAAACUGUUUCCAGGAAUUGUGCACAAGGAAGGAGAUUGCCUUGACAGAAUGAUAGGAGAAUUGGAAGCCUCCAUUCAAGGUUGCAUAAACCCAGCUAAAAUCACUGUGAUGGAGGAGCUACCACUGAUGAGUGAGUUAUGAGAAGCGAAAUCAUGUCCAAAGUCUAUUUUUUCCAGGAAAAUGCAUUUCUGGGGGCACUCUUUUUCUCUGCUAGUUUAUUCCCUCCUUUAUAAAGGUUGUAAUGGAGCACUUUGUCUUCCUCUAAAAUGUCCAAGUCUGUGUCUUUACCUGGACAAAAUCUGGUGUGUGGUUACACAGCGAGGGCUGCUUUGCCUAAAAGCCUCUUGAAGUAUUCACAUUUAGACCACAAGUACUCCUGCUUAUGUAAGUUCGAGUUGGCUCUGCUGCUAACACUGCCACAUGUAGGAGGUUUUCAGCACUACCUGCCUCUGUUUUGUCAUUAAUAAGGUGUUUUUGCACUCCCAAACCCCGGGAUUCAACUGCAAAUUGAAAUGUUAGUGAGAGCAAGGAAUGUUUCACCUCGAUGGAGAUGUGACUAAGCCUGUCUUGUGAACAUUCAUUUGUUGUUAUUGUUCACCUCUGAUCCCAGUGUGAGAUCUACUGUGGAGCAGCCAAGAAUAGCACUGCUUUCCAUGCUCCCACUGCUGCCAGCUCCUCCUCUCCUCUGGCUCCUGUGACACAAGAUGAAGUUAGACGUGCCAGUGACAGCAUGCAUCAGUCAGGCACAGUAAGGUAUGUGCUGGGGAUGCUGCUGACAAGAUGGAUAUUCUUGGCAGGCUCCAUGACAUUUCUCCUUGCCCUUUGCUGAAGAAAGGAGGUCACUGGAACACCAUCAGGGCUUCAGGCAUCAACCUGGAUGCACAGCAUCACUCCCCCAUUUCCAUGUCAUGAAGCAGAGCAAUUCACCCUUCUGCUCAGAAUAUAUGGGAAGACACGGGCAAAUCACAUCAAAUCCCUUUACCUGUGUUAUGCCUUGGGAAGAUGAGGAGCAACUGAAACUUCCCACCAAACCAAAGGAAGGAGCAAUGUUUUCUUUAUGCUUUUUGCUGAACUGUGGAUCAAUGGGCAAAUGUACAGAAAUGCUCUAAGGGAAGAAAGAAGAAUGAAACAGAUGGAAAACAAGAAACAGAAAAAGAUUAAAUCCUGGCCCUAGUACAGCUCCAAAAUUCCUGUUGACUGCAAUAGUAGAAAGCAGAAAAAAAACUAGAGGGUGGAGGAAAACAGGGAGAGGAAAGGGAAAUCAGGGAAGGACGGCUCCAGAUGAUUUUAUCCCCAUGUUUCCAUCUGAGUUCCCCCCACCCACCAUCGGUCUCCACUUUCUCCAGCUCUCAUCUUUUUUCAUUGCUGAAGCAGUAACCUGUCAUUUCCCAUCCGGUAUCUCCCAUCCAUCCAUCAGCAUGUCUGGGAUAGCUGGCAGCUAAUUCCGAUGGGUUAGCGACCCAUCAGUAUCCCUUGCCAGUUCCCACGGGGCAUGUAAACUGAUCAAGUUAACAAAUUCUGACGGCUGAGAGACAUUCAUCCUCAGUUGCUACCGGUAGCAAAGACAGAGAUGUUAAGGGUUCCAUAUGGUAUUCAAUGGGGAGAUACAAUGCCAGAAGAGAAACGUCUCAUCUGCCUGAAUACACAGAUUGUUCUUUGAUCUACCUAAUAAUCUCAUGGGGCCUUUAUAACAUGACCCUCUCCCUGUUCUGACCUAAUGGCAAAGGGUUAGGGGAGACCAGAAAUACAUUCUACUAUUAGCACGCUGCGCAGUAGGUGUGGUCAGGUCAUGGUACAAAUGUUGCCAAAAGCCCUUUCUUGAGAAGGCAGAAACACCUGGCAGAACCAAGACAACAUUUUUGGCAGCGGUUUCUCAGAGUACACUGAUGUGAAUGAAAGAUUAAAAGUUGCUUUCUCAACUACCUAACACUUGAAUAAAUCAGAAUUUCACAAGAAGUGAACAUUAGAACAAACUAGGUUGCAUCUGCCUUUUCAAAGAGUUUUGCACGGCUGGCUUUCUGUACCUGCUAAUGGUGGAAUAUAAUUCACAAGCCUAUACCAGACAUUCAUAAAAAUUUCUUCCCAAGCCUCUUCCCACAGCCAAAAUCAUAGUCAAUCUCAUAAAGAUUCCCUUUAGUUUCUCUUCAGCUAAUGUAAUUGUUUUUAUGUAAUCUUGCAAUGAUGUAGUUUUUCCACUAAGAAGUGGAAAAAUGAGACGGAAGGGAGUAUUUUCCCUUCCAUCUGUUGGCUGUCUUCUCUUUCCCAGCAGUGUCCAAAUUUCACAGAACAACUCCCUUUUUGCACAGCCAUUUCAGACCUCAUGCCUUGUCUUGAGCCAGUGCUUACUUUGAUCUGGGUUCUUACAGUCUACAGCAGUAAAUAGGAUGUCUCAGGUCAAUGUCCCUACUUUUCUUUACUCGUUGGGCCACAUGCUUAUGAUGCACUUCAUAAUGAACUUCAUUCCUUAUGCCUGCUUCUACAGGCAAGAAGCCCACGUACACCAGCUACUCCUGCUAACAUUCUCCAGAUGCCUGGCUCUAUUUGGUAGCCUUUCUCUUCUGCUGUGCUAAGUGCGAGUCUCAUUUCCUUUCAGCAUUCCUGCGAGUUGUGACCAUUUGGGACAGCCAGGCCUCCUCCAGAAACUGUCCCCUCAGUCGCUUUGCAGGGCCCUUCUGUUUGGUGUGCUGGCAGCUGGGAAGGGGUUGAUCUUCUAAGCCUCCCUCCAUUGUUUCCACCUCUGUUUGAAAGGUCUGCUCUUUCUCAGUGCAGCUAUCUAUUCAUCACUGGUUGUUUAGCUCGUUCUCCCAACACUGGUUUAGCCCCAGAGUAGACAGAGUAAUCCCAUUUGGGUUUGAGCCUGUCUUCCAUAAAGAAAAUGUUACAGACAUCGCUGUUUUGCACUGGGAUUCCUGCCAGUUAGCUGCAUCGAUAAUAAGGACUGAUUCUUUGGAAGGUAUUUUACUGAAGCUAAGGAAACACUUCUGGGGAGAAAAGGUUUUAACGAGACACUUUGAAAAUAGCCCUGUUGCAUUUUUUACUAAAAAUCUUUCUUGGCUUGCCCACUGGAAGCUCAGCCAUCCUCAGAGCUCUCGGUUGCUGGAUAAAACACCACUGUUAGUAACGUUUUCCCCCAAUCUGAACUGGCCACUACCCUGUCCUGCAGUGUUUGGGCUGGCAGUCGUCAGUGGUAGCCGGUCGCUGCCUGGAAGAGCAGGACAGUGCGAGUGGCCCCGGUGCUUCGCAAGUAGCCCUUCAUAGCCAAGGAGGUGACGGUGCAGGCUGGAGCCCGGGCAGGGCUCCUUGCUCCAUCACCUCGAGCUGCUGCACCGCUUCCAGGCCUACAUGCACGUUACACCCAGGUCAUCCUGGGUUGUGCAUAUUUUGUAAAAACAAAACCAUCCCCUGACGCUAUAACACGUUUUCCGUGGCAGAUUGUGGCUGUUCCUUUCCUUGCCCCAAGGAAACUUGACGUACAGUCGGGCAGGCCGGUGUCUGCGGUGGCGACGUACACCUGCACAAGGCAGGACG